AUGGCCGACACGGAAGCUUCGGCGCCUCCCGCCUCCCUGAAGCCAGCUCGCAAGGUCGUCUAUUGCGGCGUCUGCUCUCUUCCUCCAGAAGUAGGUAUGGGCCCCAGACUUAUCACAAACAAUCGCAUCAACACAGCAAGAUCGAAAACACAACAUUCCAUACUAACUACUGGCUGUCCUUCUCUCUAGUACUGUGAAUACGGCGGCACAACAAAGAAGUGCGCCGACUGGCUCCUCUCCAACCACCCGGAUCUCCACAGCAAACUCUACUCCGAAGAAGCACUAUCGCAAAACCUCUCCACGCUCUCGGUCGACGCACAGAAACGUGCGGAGAAAGACGCCCAGAAGAAAGCCGCCAAGGCCGAAGCACAGGAAGCGCGGGAGAGCGAGAGACGGGCGACGAGUAAAGUGUACAUCAAGAGAGUGGAGCGGAACAAGCGGAAAUUCGUCACGGAGAUCAGUGGACUGGAAGCUUUUGGAUUGGAUUUGAAGAAAGUGGCAAAGGAGUUUGGGAAGAAGUUUGCUACCGGCAGUUCGGUGACGAAGACGGCGGCUGGUGGGGAGGAGAUCACCGUGCAGGGUGAUGUGAGUGAUGAGGUGCAGGAUUGGUUGGUCGACAACCAUGAGCAAAUUCCGGAGGACAACAUUGAGUUGAUUGAGGAUAAGAAGAAGAAGAGUGCUGCGUGA